GCGUUUGUGAUCUCGUUUACCUCAGACUUCAUUCCCAGGCUGGUGUACCAGUACAUGUUCAGUCAGACAGGCACCAUGCACGGCUUCAUAGACCACACCCUCUCUCACUUCAACGUGUCCAACUUCAGACCCGGCAACGCCCCCACCUCCUCAUACCUCCCUGAGACCAGCGUCUGCAGGUAUAAGGACUACAGAGAGCCUCCAUGGUCAGCUGAAGCCUACCAGUUCUCUAAAACCUACUGGGCCGUCCUUGCUGCCAGACUGGCCUUCGUCAUCCUGUUCCAGAACCUGGUGAUGUUCCUGAGCCUGCUGGUUGCCUGGGUGAUCCCAGACGUACCGAAGAACAUCAGUGAGCAGCUGAAGAGAGAGAAGACUCUGCUGGUGGACGUGUUCCUCCGGGAGGAGAAGGACAAGUUCCACCUCCUCCAGAGCCUCUUCUCCUCCAAGGACCAGCCCAGCCAGGGUCACCCCAACACGGCCCACUUCCGUACUCUACCCCUAGGCCUCUCUCAGGGCCUAGGCCAGCCCCGGGGCGGAGAGGGAGGAAUCCCGGGGCGAGAUGCAGGGCUGCCAGUUUCAGAGAAGUUCAGACGCUAG